GGGGAAGCAGUGUGUCGCUGAAGAUAGAUUCCUUGCCGUGGUUGGAUUGAUGGAAGAGGCCAGUCUGCUGGCCAUUCAUGACAAGGCCAAGAAGGACAAGGCCAAGAGGGGCAAACGCGGAGGCCUUGGAAACGUCGCGGGGAACGCCACACAGCAGCACCACAAAGUGCCAAGCAGGUGCAUACGCACCCUCACACACACUCGCACCCACAUACCACACCGGUCAUUUGUCUGUGCCUGCUCCCUGCCUGUCUGUCUACCUACCUGUCUGCCUGCCUGCCUGCCUGCCUGUAUCCUGUCUGUCUGCAGACAUACGCCCCUGCACCUGUCGUUUGUCAAGUCCAGCAAGAAGCAUGAGUCCCUGCACCCCACCAAAGUGGAGAUCAUCGGCCACGAGGACGAGCACGAGCACAAGGAGGAGGAAGAGGACGCCAAUGCCCAGGCAGAGCAGCACAAGGAAGAGGAGGAGGAGCCCCCCAUGACUGCGAGGGCGAAGUGGAAGCGGCAGUCUGACGGCGAACAGAAGUGGACGGUCGACGCGAAGAAGGCAAAGAAGAUGGAGUGCCUCACUGUCCAUGUAAGUAUGGGCGUAAGAGUGUUUACUCAGUCAGUCAGUCAAUCAGUCGGUCAGUCAGUCACACACGCAGGACGCAUGGGUCAAUGCAUGUGUGUGCGUGCCUGCCUGCCUGCCUGUCUGCCUGUCUGCAGACGUCUAUGUCAGCUGUCAAGCUCUCUGCCGUGCUCGACUCCCACGUGCCAUCAGAUGAGUCACUUGUGGCGACCAUCGUCACCGCACACGGACCUGCAAAACGAGCGGACAUCGUGACACAGUCGAGCCAGGGCGACUACGUGAGUGUGAGGAACUGUACUGUGCACCACCUGAGCGGAAGCUGGUCGUCUGGCGUGCUGUAUGCUGCCCUGGAGGAUGACAGCGGGUGUGCGCAUGUGGGGUUGGCUAAGAGGAAGACACUGAGGGUGAAGGAUGGCUUCCAGAUGACUCUUGUCAGACACUGAGUGAGUUAGUUACACAUCUAUGGACAUCCGUCCAGAGGAUGGGCACUGAUGGACAAGGAGUGGAGGACACACACGCAUCGCAUUGCAUCGCAUCUAUAGAGAUGCAAUAUUGCAUUGAAUGAGCG